UACAUCAAAUUAGUAUUCUUAAACCAGGUAUUAUUAUUGUACUUAAGUUGAUUUGAAUUAUAAACAAAAUGUUUCUCUUGGGGGCGCUUGUAUAGAAAUAUACCGGUAAAAGUUAUAAAUAAUUUCUACAUUGUCUAAAAUAUGUCGUUUUCAUUGAUAAAAAGGAAAUAUUAAAUCGGCCAUAGACUAUUGUGAUAUAAGAAAGAGUUCUUAUAUGAUUUUUAAAUAAUUAAUUUUUGCCAAACAGCAUGAAUGAGUUGGAUAGUGAUUCUUUGACAAAGUUGAAUACACAGCUGAACAGAUCUAUGGUUUUAAUGGAUACUACAACAGACAAUGAAAUACGUUCACCAAAAAGUAGUAAAACCAUAAAAAUUAAUACAAAAGUUCAACCGAGUAGACUUUCUAAUGGUUCUCCGGGGCAAAGGAAAAGUAUUCUGAAGAAAAGUGACAUAAGAAAUGAUGAAAGAGGAGAUGAAAUACAAGAAGCAGAAGACGUAGAAAAUAAUAGAGAAAUAUUAAAUAAUACUAAUAAUGAUAGAGUAUCAAUGAGUAUGCCAAUUACUUCUAGACCUCGAAAUAUCGAUGAUUUGGUCAGAGAAGAAAAUUUAAUUGUAGAAUCUAAAAAUUCUACAUUUAAUUUAGAUAAUCUUUCUGACAGUGAAGACAUGUGGGUAAUGGAUAUUCCUACAACAAUAGAUCCAAGAGAUCUUAAGGGACAGACAUUAGUGUUUGGAGAAAAGUCAAAAUUUAAAAUUAAAGAAGAGAAAUAUUACGCAGUGAAUCAUGAUGUUAAGUGCAAUAUGACUUGGGUAUUUAAUACUGGAAAAGUGAAAUCAAGAUAUAAACCAGUUCAUGUGAAGCCAAUGGGCGCGAUCAGCGUUAGGCGGAAACUUUCAGGUAUUUCGAAAACAAAACCCAUGCAAAUAGAAAAUUCUAGCGUACCAUUUCCUGAAAAUCUGAAAGUCCGUCAUCCUUUAUUUGGUGUAAGUUAUGAAGGUAAAGUCGAUAAGGGUACACUAAAGUAACUUGUUAGAUAUAGGGGACUAUAAUUGUGAAAAACAAAUGCUGUAUCUUAUAUAUUGUUAACAAAUUAUACUAUUAGUCAUUAUAUACUGUAUUACCCAUAAAAGUCUACAUGCUCAAGUUUUUUAUAAGAAAAAUUACACUGACCACAAAUAAAAUAUUAUUUUACUA